CCACACGAUGAAGUCUUUCUUGCUGACUGUUUUUCUGGUCGCAACUGUUUCUGCGGUACCAUCUUACCUUCGGACCAACAGUCUGUUGCCCGAUGGUCGUAUUAUUGGUGGUUCCUCAAUUUCUAUCUCUUCGGUACCUUGGCAAGUGUCUCUGCAAUAUUAUGGUUCUCACAUUUGUGGUGGUUCCAUAAUCAGCGCCAAAUAUAUUGUCACAGCUGCUCAUUGCACCGAUGGUUUGACUGCUGCUCAACUGUCCAUCCGUGCUGGCACUUCGUCUCGUGGUUCCGGUGGACAAGUAUCUAGCGUGGCCAGAAUUUACCAACAUUCCAGUUACAACAGCAGAACCAUCGAUUACGACAUUUCCAUCCUCGAAUUGUCCAGUUCUUUGACUUUGGGUUCGAACGUAUCUCCAGUCUCCCUUCCUUCAUCUAGUACCUCAUGGAACGCAGGAACUUCUGUCCUUGUCACCGGCUGGGGCACCACCUCUGAAGGUUCCAGUUCGCUUCCUAGUGCUUUGCAAGGAGUUACUGUCCAAAUCGUUAGCCAAUCGACUUGCUCAUCGGCUUAUGGGUCUGGAAGUAUUACCGGUCGGAUGUUGUGUGCUGGUGUUACCAAUGGGGGCAAGGACGCAUGCCAGGGUGACUCUGGAGGUCCUUUGGUGGUUAGUAAUGUCCUUGCUGGGAUUGUUUCUUGGGGUGCGGGAUGUGGACGGCCUAGCUAUCCUGGGGUUUAUUCCAAUGUUCCGGCGCUUCGUAGCUUCAUUCAACAAACCACAGGGAUUUAAAAUUUCAUCAGUUAUUGACCAGUUUGUGAAGUACUAACUAUGUAUAGCAAUAAAUAGAUAAGUAAAUAUGUGUUUGUUUGAUUACGAAUUUUAGAACCAAAAGCGGUUCUUUUCUCGUUUUUAAAUAAAUUAAAGUCUAAAAAGUCUGAAAAACC